AUGGGGCUCAACGAGGAAAAGACCACACAGCUUGAACCCACGACGUCGGGGGAUGGUGGUAGUAUCCAUGAAGGUGAGAACAUGGGGACCCUGCACCGCCGGCUCGGGAACCGUCAGAUCCAGCUUAUCGCUGCUGGUGGCUCGAUCGGCACGGCCCUGUUCAUUAGCAUUGGCGGUGGUCUUGCGAAGGGUGGCCCUGCCAGCCUGUUUAUUGCCUACUCGCUUUAUUCCUGCGUCCUCGCACUCGUCAAUAACUCGAUUGCCGAAAUGAAUACCUAUAUGCCGGUGUCGGGGGGCUUCAUCCGCCUCGCUGGCUACUGGGUAGAUGAUGCUCUUGGAUUCCUUGCCGGGUGGAAUUUCUUCUUCUAUGAAGCGUUCCUGAUCCCCUUUGAGAUCACGGCGCUAAGUCUGGUCAUGUCCUUCUGGAAUGAGACGGUGACGGAACCUGGCCCCACGGCCGGCAUCUGUGCCGCUGUGAUUAUUUGCUAUGCCACGCUGAACAUCCUUGCGGUCAAAUUUUACGGAGAGGCAGAAUUCUGGCUCUCCGGAGGCAAGCUCGUUCUGAUUUUCAUCCUCUUCUCCUUCACCUUCAUCACGAUGGUGGGUGGUAAUCCCCAGGGUGACGCCUAUGGCUUUCGCCACUGGAACAACCCGGGCCCAUUCGCUGAGUUCCACACCAAGGGCGAUCUUGGUCGCUUUGAAGGGUUUCUUGCCGCUCUGUGGAGCGCGAGCUUCUGUGUUGUCGGUCCCGAGUAUAUCUCCAUGGUGGCCGCCGAGGCUCAGCGCCCGAGCAUCUACAUCAAGUCCGCCUUUAAGACUGUAUACUAUCGCUUCUGUAUAUUCUUCAUUAUCGGUGCCCUCGCGGUUUCCAUUGUGGUCGCCUACAAUGACCCGGCCCUGGUUGAAAUCUACUUUGGCAGCGGUGACAGCAGCACAGCCGCCGCUUCGCCGUAUGUGAUUGCCAUGGAGAACCUCGGCGUCAGUGUGCUUCCGCAUAUUGUCAACGCGUUGAUCUUCACCUCGAUCUUUUCCGCGGGCAAUACAUAUACCUAUUGCGCCACGCGAUCCCUCUACAGUUUGGCUCUGGAGGGCCGCGCCCCUCGUAUCCUGCGCUACUGCAACAAAUCCGGCGUGCCGGUGUAUUGCUUCUGUGUGGUGAUGCUUUUCCCCUUCCUCUCCUUCCUCCAGGUUGGCAGCGGCUCCGCCCAGGCCAUUACCUGGUUCGUCAACCUCGUCACCGGCGGUGGUCUGAUCAACUAUUUCUGCAUGUCCGUCACGUUCAUCAACUACUACUGGGCCUGCCAGGCCCAAGGUGUUGACCGCAAGAAGAUGCCCUACUGUGGCUGGUUCCAGCCCUACGGCGCCUACAUCGCACUCUCGGUUCACUGCCUCGUGAUCAUUUUCUACGGAUAUAGCUCGUUCACGCCCUGGAGCGUGUCCAACUUCUUCUCCAACUACACGAUGCAGCUGGUAGCGCCCUGCCUGUUUAUCUUCUGGAAGGUCGUCAAGAAGACCCGCUACGUGCGACCCCACGAGGUGGACCUCGUCUGGGAGCGACCCAGCAUUGACGCCUAUGAGAAUAGCAUCACCACCCCGCCCGUGGGCUUCUGGUCCGAGAUGAUCGGCUUAGUUGGUUUUAGACGGAGGAAGAACAGAGAAGACCCCGAGCGCGACUAA